AUGACUGGCCGACUGCGCCCCCGAUCGAAGGCCCUUGAAGGCGGCGCGCAGGGCCCAGGGCUGACAUCACGAGCGGCACGAGCCACUAAAAGGCACCGAUCAGGAAUCAGGCAGUUGCAUCAUUUAUAUGAAAAAGGCGAAGCAUCCCCCCAAGGUACGGAGGGCUUGGAGGACGUGGAGAGCAAUUCAAUAGUCCUGUCCCAAGGCACACAGACAGCUUACCAAGGACUGCCGGGCGCAGCGCAGCGUCAAGAAAUCUCAGUAGAAAUCGUAUCUAUUACUAUCGUAGCUGCCGCUAGGGGUGCAUCAAUGAAGGUGCCGCACACCCAGAAUCCUGAGGAGUACUUUUCUCAUCUAACUGCAAGAAGAGAUGCAUGCAAUGCCACCGAUCACCCUGAUCGUGUGCGCCGUGCAGGCCGAAACCGAAUAAUAUCGUCCAUGCUGCAGGCCCAGAACCUGUACAGUCAAUCCAAACCCACGUCCCGCCAAUGUCAAAUAUACGACACGAAGAAACGAAAGUGA